AUAUUUUUUCUGAUGGCUGAAGAAUGGCUCAGGAGCACAAAAGGAUGGAAGCGUUUGGGUAUUCAGACAAGGACGGAGAAGUACCAUUCUGGCUGGAAGACAUUACCAAGGAGAUGAAAGAGACGCAUAUCAGAAACAGCAACGAAUCGCCUCCCACUCUCGACAAGUCUAAAAUUAACUAUGGCAAGCCUCAGAAUCUCAGGUUAACAAGAAGAACUUCUCUGGACACCACAAUGGAUUUGCUAACCAAACCUCAAAUGCAGCCGUUGGCCCAUUCCGCGGGCACCGUUCGGUACAGUAAAGGGUACACCCAGAACGGCCGACGAAAGUACCGCAACAGUCUUCUAGACUGGGACGACAGCAACGGCUCUUCAAACGACUUCUUGUCCGACCUGCUCCCGCACUAUGUGACGCCCCGCCACCGCAGGGAGGACCACGACUUUAACGACGUCAUACUUGGGGCGAGGCAACAAGACAUCAAAAUAGGCCGAACAAAAUCUAACGAUACAUCAUCAAGCAUUCACACAGGCUCACUCAAAAAAUACACAAGUUACACCACAAAUCCUCCAAAGAAACCUGCAUCACUAAGUUCCAUGUCGUCUUCAAGAAAUACCGACACUAAAAGUUCGAAUGAAUGGUUGAAGGGCGAAUUUGUGAUACCAGAACUGCCUGAAGGCAGGUUGCUUGAAUUGAAGAUAUACUCCAACUGGGGGGACAAGUACUUGGUUGGGUUGAAUGGAAUAGAGCUGUUUAAUUCGGACGGACAACCAGUGCCAAUCGAAAAGGUAUGGACGGAUUCAGAAGCCGGCGACACCAAGCACGGUCGCCCCGAUGCAAUCGUGGAUGGAGUGGUACGAACAAGAGACGACCGACAUUGCUGGACCACUCAAGUACCGAGAAGUGCACCCGUAGUUCUUAGUCUACUCUUGGCUAACUGCGCUACUAUUGCUUUGCUCAGAAUUUGGAACUAUAACAAGUCCAGAAUAUACUCUUCACGUGGGAUUCGCUUAGUGCAUCACAUUAGAAUCUAG